GUAUUCAUCAUUUUAGCAUAAAUAAAGAUUAUAUUGUUGCAAAAUGUUAAAAUAACAAACAUUAAUAUAAAAAAACUCAUUAGCGCGCACGCACGCGGAUUUUAUAUCAUAGUCCAACUUCAAUCAUCUCAUACACAGCAAUUUGGCACGUUCAUAUCAUCACGGACGAUGAUAAUGAAAACAUUAUAAAGAAAACAAAAAAAACUUAGAGAUUCCGUUGGUCUAUAUAAAGAGGACGCAAUAGUUUUAACGUACUUCAUCACUUCCUCACUAAACCAAACGGAGAACUCUAAACCCCAAAGAUGGGGAUUCUUCACAAACAAAACCUCUCCUUUGUGAUACUUCUCCUCCUUGGUUUCUGCGCCGUCUCUUACGCUUGUGACUGUAGUGACCCUCCAAAAUCAUCUCCACACCCCGUUAAACCUCCUCAACAUCCCGUUAAACCGCCUAAACCACCCACUGUCAAACCACCACAUCACACUCCAAAACCACCCACUGUCAAGCCACCACAUCACACUCCAAAACCACCCACUGUCAAGCCACCUCAUCACACUCCAAAACCACCCACCGUCAAACCACCUCAUCACACUCCAAAACCACCCACCGUUAAACCACCUCAUCACACUCCAAAACCACCCACCGUUAAACCACCUCAUCAUAUCCCAAAACCACCUCAUCAUACCCCAAAACCACCCACCGUUAAACCACCUCAUCACACUCCCAAACCACCCACCGACAAGCCACCUCAUCACACCCCAAAGCCGCCCACCGUCAAGCCUCCAACUCCGUACACUCCAUGCCCUCCACCUUACACUCCAAAACCACCCACCGUCAAGCCACCACCUCCGUACACUCCAUCCCCUCCACCUUACACUCCAAAACCGCCCACCGUCAAGCCACCACCUCCAUACACUCCAUCCCCUCCACCUUACACUCCAAAACCGCCCACCAUCAAGCCACCACCUCCAUACACUCCAUCCCCUACGCCUUCUCCUCCACCGCCAACUCCAACCCCACCAGUCGUAACCCCGCCACCACCGCCAACUCCAACCCCAGAGACGCCAUGUCCGCCACCGCCACCUCCACCAAUUCCGUGUCCUCCUCCACCUCCGGCACUAACGCCUGAACCGGAGACGUGCUCCAUCGACGCACUGAAGCUAGGCGCGUGUGUGGACGUGCUUGGCGGCUUGAUUCACAUCGGACUAGGAAAAAGCUAUGCAAAGGCAACUUGUUGCCCAGUUCUUGGCGGUUUAGUGGGUCUUGACGCAGCGGUCUGUCUUUGCACCACCAUUGGAGCCAAGCUUCUCAACAUCGACCUCAUUAUUCCCAUUGCUCUUGAGCUUCUCGUCGACUGUGGCAAGACUCCACCUCGUGACUUCAAGUGUCCUGCUCCACAGAAAAAGACUCCUCUCUUGGCUUGAUCUUUUUGUGUUUCUUUUCAUACAGUAAAAAAUGGUUGAGAUCUCAAGAUCUAGGUUCUUCUAGAUGUUUUAACGAUUACGGAAACAGGGAUUAAGAAGGAUCUAAGUUUUGUUAUUGCUCUUAUAUUAAAAAAGAAAACUUUAUGUAACUGUAACGUGAUUGUUUGGAUAAUGUUAUAUGAAAUCUAAAUUUCAAAGGGA